AACUUUAAACUGCAACUUCUAGUAGAAGAACCCAUUAAAGCAGCUGAGAAGAAAGAGGUUGGUUAGUUAGCUCAAGAUGGCCAAAGUAGAGGAGGAAGUCAUUGAAGCUCACGUCAAACAACUCCUUUCUCGUAUGACUUUGAAAGAAAAGGUCGGCCAGAUGACCCAAAUCGAGCGCCAGGUCGCCACCUCAGCUGCCAUUAAAGAUCUCUCCAUCGGGAGCAUAUUCAGUGCCCCGGGCAGCUUGCCGGUUAAGAAGGCUUCUCCGUCGGACUGGGCGGAUAUGGUAGAUGGGUUUCAGAGGUCAGCGCUGGAGUCGAGGCUUGGCAUCCCCCUCAUAUAUGGGACUGAUGCGGUUCAUGGGAAUGGUAAUGUGUUUGGUGCCACCAUAUUCCCUCACAAUGUUGGUCUUGGCGCCACUAGGGAUGCAGAUUUGGCUCGAAGGAUUGGUGUGGCAACUGCUCUUGAAACCAGGGCCUGUGGCAUUCACUAUACUUUUGCUCCUUGUGUGGCUGUGUGCAAAGAUCCCAGAUGGGGAAGAUGCUACGAGAGCUACAGUGAAGACACUGAAAUUGUAAGCAAGAUGACUUCCAUUGUUUCAGGCUUGCAGGGGCAGCCACCCCAGGGAUACCCAAAGGGCUACCCUUUUGUAGCAGGAAGAAACAACAUUAUUGCAUCUGCCAAGCAUUUUGUUGGAGAAGGGGGUACAGAGAAAGGUGUCAAUGAGGGCAAUAAUAUAUCCUCUUAUGACGACUUAGAAAGGAUUCAUAUGCGCCCUUAUCUAGACUGUAUUUCUCAAGGAGUUUCCACUAUUAUGGUGUCCUAUAACAGCUGGAAUGGACAGAGACUACAUGGACACAGUUUUCUCCUCACAGAAAUCUUGAAAGAGAAGCUAGGUUUUAGAGGAUUUGUGAUUUCUGACUGGGAUGGAAUUGACCAACUUUGUGAACCUGAAGGUUCAAACUAUCGUUUAUGUAUUUCGUUAGCCGCUAAUGCAGGAAUAGACAUGGUCAUGGUUCCUUUCAGAUAUGAACAAUUCAUUGAGGAAUUAAUAUAUCUUGUGGAAUCUGGGGAGAUACCAAUGUCCAGGAUAGAUGAUGCUGUUGAGAGAAUACUAAGAGUGAAGUUUGUUGCUGGUCUUUUUGAACAUCCCUUCACUGAUACAUCUUUGCAGGACAUAGUUGGUUGCAAGAUGCACAGAGAUUUAGCACGUGAAGCAGUUCGGAGGUCAUUGGUUCUUUUGAAAAAUGGAAAGGAUCCAAUGGAACCUUUUCUUCCCUUAGAAAGAAACGCUAAAAGAAUACUCGUUGCUGGAACUCAUGCCGAUGAUCUUGGAAAUCAGUGUGGAGGGUGGACAGCUACAAAAUAUGGUAGCAGUGGAAGGGUAACAAUUGGGACAACUAUCUUGGAAGCUAUUAAGAAGGCAGUUGGAGAUGAUACAGAAAUCAUUUAUGAGAAGUAUCCCUCGACAGAGACCUUAGCACGGCAAGAUAUCACUUUCGCAAUUGUAGCUGUUGGUGAAGCUCCAUAUGCAGAAGGCAAGGGUGACAAUUCAAAGCUUGUGAUCCCGUUGAAUGGAGCUGAUAUCAUAAGCUCAGUUGCUGACAAAGAUAGAUGUUCUGGAAGACCCUUAGUUUUAGAGCCCUGGCUAUUGGAAAAGAUAGAUGCUCUUGUUGCUGCCUGGUUACCUGGUACUGAAGGAGAUGGAAUUGCAGAUGUUAUCUUUGGAGAUCACGAUUUCGAGGGCCAGCUCCCAGUGACAUGGUUUAAAAGGGUUGAACAGCUGCCUACGAAUGCUGGAGACAAUUCAUUUGACCCUUUAUACCCUCUUGGCUUCGGGCUGGCAUACAAUAAGGAGAGAUGUUAACAAUAAAUAAUUUGUUACUAGGUUGUUCCCAAGUCUAUGUUUAUUGAACUUGUGUAAGCAGAGCAGACCAGAUAUUCAUGAAUGAAUCCCCCUUGAUGCCAAAUAUGGAGUUAUGGGUGGCUAGAAUAAGGAAGAAAAAAUCUACGUCUGUUGUUGGGUGUAGAGAUGGUUCAUAAGUGGGCUUAUUUCUACACAGAGGGGUGUGCUGAUAUUUGAUUUACCUAGGUUGGGCUUGUACAAUUGAGCCUAUUAGGUUGGAGCCCACUCCAGGCCAAAUGCAAAUCCGCCU